AAUGGUGGGAGUCCAAUAUGCGUCCAGUUUCUAUCUAAAAAUCAACCAACCUCCUCCAAGAACGAACAUGGGAUCUUUUAUAGAAAGUCACAUUGGCCAAGUUGAUGAAGCAAAAGAUGAAAACUUUGGAUAUGCCAUGCAACUAGCGUUGAGCUCAGUGCUACCCAUGACUAUGUAUUCUGCAAUUCAGCUUGGCAUUUUUGAGAUAAUAGCCAAAGCAGGUCCAGAUGCCAAACUCUCUGCUUCAGAUGUUGCUGCCCAGUUGCCCACAAAGAACCCAGAUGCACCCAUGAUGCUGGACCGUAUACUAAGGCUCUUGGCUAGCCACGAUGUGCUUGGUUGCUCUGUGGAUGGCUCGGAGAGGCUCUACAGUCUGGCUCCUGUGUCCAAGCACUACGUGCGUAACAAAGAUGGUGUUUCUUUGGGCCCCUUCAUGGCCUUGAUUCAAGACAACGUUUUCUUGCAGAGUUGGUCUCAACUAAAAGACGCAGUUCUUGAAGGAGGAGUUGCAUUUGACAGGGUCCAUGGAGCUCACGCCUUUGAGUACCCUGGCUUGGACCCUAGGUUCAACCAGGUUUUCAACACAGCAAUGUACAACCAAACUACUGUAGUCCUAGAAAAUAUGCUUGAGGCAUACACUGGUUUUAAGAACCUGAAACAGCUGGUUGAAAUUGGAGGCGGCAUGGGACACACUAUAAAGGCAAUAAUCUCUAAGUAUCCCCAAAUUAAGGGUAUCAAUUUCGACUUGCCACAUGUUAUAGAGCAUGCUCCAUCCUGUCCUGGUGUGGAACACGUGGGAGGAGAUAUGUUUGAAAGUGUUCCAAAAGGAGAUGCUAUUUUUUUGAAGUGGAUACUUCAUGACUGGAGUGAUGAUCACUGCUUGAAGUUGUUGAAGAACUGCUACAAAGCUAUUCCAGAUAAUGGGAAGGUGAUCGUUAUGGAAUCAGUUCUUUCAAUCACCGCCAAGACAAGCCCUGCUGCGAGAGCGAUCUCUCAACUUGAUGUGCUGAUGAUGACUCAAAACCCAGGAGGGAAAGAACGGACCGAACAUGAAUUCAUGGCCCUGGCCACUGGAGCUGGAUUCCGUGGAAUCAAAUACGAAGCCUUUGUUUGUAAUUUUUGGGUGAUGGAGUUCUUCAAGUAGAUUAUUGCUUAUAAAUUGCAUUUGUGGAAAUUGAAGGAUGUAUCCUCACUUUCUAGCUAUCAGGCUUGAAGCUUUCUUUGCCGCCCGUGUGGAUCGAAAUAUAUGAACCAAAUAAAUAGCUGCUGUUCAUCAGCCUUUAGCA